CAACUGCAAAGAAGAACCUUCUCGAACACCAUUUUUCCUUUUAUGUUCCCCGUGAAAUUAAUAUUACUACCCUAGAAGGUUCUCUUCAACCAAAAUCUCUCUAAAUUUUACACCUUUCGAAGAACCAUUUCCACCAUUGGCGAUCGCAGAUUUCCUUCUUGUUUGCUUUCAGAUACACGGGAAAUGAGAGGAAGAAGUUACAGCUACAGCCCUUCUCCACCAAGGGGUUAUGGAAGAAGUUACAGAAGCCCAUCUCCAAGAGGUCGUUAUCGUCGUGGGAAGGAGCCUCAGGGUGCUACAAGUUUAUUGGUGCGGAACCUUCGACAUGAUUGCAGGGUGGAAGAUCUUCGAGGACCUUUUGGACGAUUUGGUCCAAUCAAAGACAUUUACUUGCCUAAAGACUAUUAUACUGGGGAGCCUCGUGGCUUUGGGUUUGUACAAUUUAUGGAUCCAGUUGAUGCGGCAGAUGCAAAAUAUGAAAUGGAUGGUUAUAUCUUGCUUGGGCGGGAACUAACUGUUGUAUUUGCAGAGGAGAAUAGGAAAAAGCCAGCAGAAAUGAGGGCCAGGGAUCGUGUAAGGAGUCGGUCUUAUAAUAGUAGGCGAUCCUCUUCUCGUUACUCUCAGUCUCCACGAUAUGGUAGAAGUUAUUCACGUAGUCCGGACGAUUACUCCUCAAGGCGACGCUAUUCAAGGUCAAUUUCACCUGGGGAUAGGUCAUAUAGAGAACGCUCAUACAGGUCUCGUUCUUACUCAAGAUCUCCUUACCGAUCUCCUUAUGGAUCAAGCAACCGUAGUUGAAUUCCUUAUUGAUCACUGCCACAGUAUCUCUAACUACUCUAGGUAAUAUAGUAGAGACAUACAAGAACUUGAUGGGGAUUAGAUAUGCAUUGUUCAUGCUAUGUGAAAUGCUCUUUUGUGAUCUAGAUCAAAUGUCUUGUUGUGGCAGAGGAUACAGCUUCGCUUUAUCGUUAUUCCGCAUAUUUCGUUGCUAUAGAAUUGUUGUGGAUUGAAGUAUUGAUCAUGAAUCACAAUUUUAAUUUGGUGUUGUUUUCCUUAUCA